GCGGAUACAGACGUCGGCAUACGCAGCUCUCGAACUUCCGCUUCAAAGCAGAGCAGUCUCUUCGGUCACAACGGCGUAGACAAGAUAUUGUAGAGGUUAUCACUAUUUCCUUUACCUAAACAAUGCAGCUUUAUCGGUACUUGCUACUUGGGCUCUUUGUAGCCGCGUCUAUUAUGUCUUCAACUGAAGCCGAUUCAACGAUGAGAGUGGCGAGUGUCACCUGGGACGGCACAAACGGACGAUUUCAGCUGCACGACUCGAACCAAACAUACAACAGCAUUGCUUGGGCAGUGUUCACCGAUCACAGAAACACCACCGGGUGGUCAUCUAUAGUGGUGCACACAAACGAAUUCUACCUGGACGACCAGCAAGCAUUUGCUGCGGGACUGGUGGAAGGCCGACUCACACGGACUCUAAUUCAAGAGCAGUUUACAAAUGAGUUCAACAAGUACUGCGAGGAGGACCCCCGAUUCUGCGCUGAGCUUUUCAAGUACCUUCACGCAAAUAUAGAGUCUAUGGUUGCGAAUGUAGCGGAAUAUUCAAGUACAGAUCCUUACUGGCAUCAGGGACCUAGUCAGGAGUUGUCAAAGAAUGCAUUACGGCUGGGCUCCAGAGGGCGAAUACAUGCUGCGAAGAAUCGACGAACUUUGCCUGAAAGCUUUAGCUCCGCGUGUUUUAUCGUCAAGCUGGCUGCUACGUUGCGCGCAAAGCGAGCGUGCCGUCGGACGACGUUCGUCAGGUUGGCCUCUCGCUCAAUCAGUUGGCGGGGAUGCAGAUGUCCCUGUCGGGAAACACCAACUUUGUUUACGUGGGCAACAACAUGGUGCCUGCUGUGUCUGAGUGGAUGUAGGCUACUGAAUCUUCAUGGUGACCUGAGCGACCUAGAAACCAAGUUUAAUCGGACAAAUUCCCGAAAAAACAAUCCGACUGGUUCCGGUUCUUGUUCGGCCAUCGUUAAGUUGGCACCCGGAAACAUGGACGUUUACUUUGCCCACGCCACCUGGACGCACUACAAUUCGAUGAACCGAAUUCUCAAAAAGUACCGUCUGAAUUACCACUCAGCGCCUAUGUCCAAGGACCUGAUUCCAGGCUCGUCGAUUGUAUUUUCGGGUUAUCCGGCUAGGAUUUUCUCUGGUGACGACUUUUAUCUCAUCAACACGGGACUCGCUGUCAUGGAGACAACGAUCGGUAACGAAAACUCUGAUCUCUGGAAGAAGGUCACCCCUAUCGAUACCGUACCAACCUCAAUACGGAACAUGGUUGCCAACAGACUGUCCUUAACGGGGCAGCAGUGGACCAACACGUUUGCGAGAUUCAACAGCGGCACCUACAACAAUCAGUGGAUGGUUCUUGACUACAAGCUGUUCGAAUCGGCUUCCCAGAAACUCAACGGGGGCUUCCUAUGGAUUCUUGAGCAGAUUCCGGGGCUCGUCAUGUCAAAGGACGUCACUCCUAUCUUAGAAGAGCAAGGAUACUGGGCAAGCUACAACUCCCCGUACUUUACGGAAAUCUUCAAUGAAAGCGGCUUACCUGCCCUGGUGGAGAAAUACGGUGACUGGUACACAUACGACAAGAGUCCGCGAGCUCUCAUGUUCAAGAGAGACGAAGAGAAGGCAGUGGACCUUCGUUCAGUUAUGAAACUCAUGAGGUACAAUGACUUCACUAAUGACCCCUUGUCCCGGUGCACUGGUUGCGAUCCCCCGUACAGUGCGGAGAACGCCAUUUCAGCCAGAAGCGAUCUGAACCCAGCCAACGGCACCUACCCGUUCAAAGCCCUAGGUCGUCGCGCUCACGGAGGAACUGACGCUAAGGUGACAAAUUUUGCGCUCUUCGAGAGGCAGGUGUUCUACGCUGUGAGCGGUCCGACCUCGGACGACCAGCGGCCGUUUCGCUGGAGCACGUCGGGGUUCGACAACGUCAGUCACGCGGGACACCCCGACCUCUGGGACUUCGACCCUAUCCUGGCGCAAUGGCGGUACUGACGGUCCAAGUCCGACAGUGCAGCCAAACUACAACGGUUUUCUUCUUUGGAGGUUUUGUUGAAAAUUCAAAAUAAAUUGAAUCAGUUUUCAGUAAGUUAGAAAAAAAUAUAUUUGAGAAAGUAUUGAAUCCUCACAAUACAGUUACUGGUGUAUAUCAUGAUACGAUGGUCACUCUUACCUAAAAGCAUCAGGGAGAAAAUGUUUGGGGAGUGGGGUUAAUGGAGUCCAGUCUCGAAGAAAUAAAACAAUAAUAUUAAAAAACAA